AUGGCGUUUACUUACGGUGGCUAUUUGGCGCGUUGCAUUCCCAUGCUCAUCCUCAUGGCCGUCGUGUGGUGGUCAUACUACGCCUUCGUGGUGGAGCUUUGCAUUUAUACGAUCAAAUCAACCAUUGAAAAGGUUGUAUAUCUGGUGAUUUAUCACAUGAUAUUUAUGAUGUUCUUCUGGUCAUACUGGAGAACGAUAGUUACGUUGCCGGCCAGUCCAUCUAAACAGUUUUACUUACCCAAAUCUGACAAGAAGCGAUACAAAAAGGAAGACAGAAAAGAGAUUCGGCAAGAGAUUCUCGAGCUGGCAGCUAAAGAUUUGCCAAUCGUCACAAGAACUCCAACCAAUGGUAUCCGGUAUUGUAAUGACUGCAAGGUUAUUCCACCUGACCGGUGUUAUCAUUGUUCAAUUUGUGAAAGAUGUGUGCUUAAGAGGGACCAUCACUGCCCCUGGGUCAACAAUUGUAUUGGAUUUGCUAACUACAAGUUCUUCUUGCUGUUCUUGUUGUACGCCUCGCUGUACUGCCUGUUUGUUGCUUCAACAGUGCUCCAAUAUUGCAUAAAGUAUUGGAUGAAAUAUCCGCUGGACGCCCAUGCCAAGAGCCACGUCUUAGCUCUGUUCUUUGUGGGAGUCGUGUUCUUCAUCUUCGUAUUUUCUCUGUUUUCCUUUCAUUGUCGGCUUGUUGGGAAAAAUAGAUCAACUUAUGAGGUACAGUUUACUCCGUGUUUUGAAACCGGUGCAGAGAAGGACGGAUUUUACCUUGGCUUCAGCAGGAAUUUCAGAGAGGUUUUUGGGGAUCAAAAGCUGCUUUGGCUGCUGCCCGUGUUUACGAGUUUGGGAAAUGGCGAAGCUUUUCCAACUCGCAUUGUUUCAGGGGACCCUGAGCAAAAUGCUGGGAUGAACCAAGAUGACAUCCCCAAACACUCUGGUUCCACGUAGGCAUCCUCUGCCAGACCUCUCAGCGAGCUCCAGAAAUGGGCAAAAGGUAUG